AGAAUUUCCAAAUCACUCCCAGGGUCAACAGCAUUAUCGGCAACGCAGAACCGGCUUCGGGACACAGCGCACGCCUAAUCAGCAUAGUCAAGAGAGCGCAUCGCCUCUAUACAACGAAAACUCUCGGCUCGACCUCCUACAAGUCUCUGAGCGGUCGGACCGCCUAGCCACAACAAACUGCCCCCCCACCAGGCUCUGCAGCCGUCGUGCAACGAGAGUGCAACUCUUGACGACAAGCCGAUAAGAGCGCUCUGCCGAGCAGCAUCAAGGCUGGCGACAAGCCCAGCUUAAUUCAAAACGCAGAAAUACACACAUACGCCGCUAUGUCAGCCGUACACCUCGCCACAGCGCGCAAAACGGUCGCGGACCUGCUGCCGAUCGCACCAAAGGAGUUUCACGGCAUCGUCGUGUCUGCCGGGCUCAUGGACAAGACGGUCAAGGUCAAGCUUGGAGGCCAGCGGUGGGAGAAGAGGGUCAACAAGCAUUUCAAACAACCGCGCUACGCCCUCGUCCACGACCCCCGCAACUCUGUCCGGCAAGGAGACAUCAUCUCGAUUCAGUCGUCGUGGCGCGAGUCACAACACGUCAAGCACGUCGUAAAACACAUCCUUGCCCCUUAUGGCGAGGCCAUUGAUGCGCGCCCGCCCGUGCCGACACUCGAGGAGCUUAUUGAGGAGAAGGUCGUAAAGCGGGCGGCCAAGAACGAGCGCCGCGCUCUCCGCCGGGAAGAGCAGGCCCGCGCCGACGCCGAGCACAGAGAGGCCGCCGCCGAGGCGAAACGGGCCAAGCUCGCCAGGUCACCCGUCGGCAGGAGGCUGGCGGAGCUCCAGGAUCGCAAAGCAGAUGAGGCGGGGUUCACGAAAGCGGAGGAUGAGACGACACGGGCUGAGCAUGUGAUCUGACAGCUUCGUAGGGGCACAGAGGUGGACUUCGCUGUUGGUUGGACCUCCUCAAAGAAAGGAAAUGUUGGGAUAUGAUCCGCUUAUAAGACGGCAUGCAGCACGCUGCCAGGUCAUGAUGGUCAUGAAAGACGUCCCCUCGAGUUGUAGCAUGUCCUCAUUGAUUCCGAGAUGAAGCAACAAAUGGGAUGAGUCCAGG